UUUAGAUUGCAAAGCUUUGUGGCCUUCCAAUGGGUCAACACAGAUCGAGGCCGCUAUACGAUACCGUCAUCCCGGAAGAACAGUCCCCGACCGGGCACACGGUUGUCAAUGGCAACUUUAUCGAGGAGUUUACGUUUGAGUCCGAAAAACAAGCCAAAAAGGCAUCAAGUUCCGGUCGGAAUAAGGAACAUGUCCCAUUGUUGGACUUGAACUUUUCGUCGAAGCGAGGCUCCGAAAGUUCCUCGAGUUCGUUAAUGUCCGACGACAGUCUACGCGACGACACUUUCCGACACAUGUUAGAACCGCUGUACGAGAAGGCUGUGGGCUAUUACCGUGAGAAAGCCGAGCAAGGUGACGCGUUCGGUGCCUAUUAUAUUGGGCUGGCUUUCGAGAAUGGUUUUGGGUCCUGUUCAAAAGAUCGUAAAGAGGCUGUCAAAUGGUAUCGGAAAUCCUCGGAAUAUGGUUUUGUGUUAGCCGAACACGCUGUUCAGCGGUUGUCCCCCGGAGAUGGUGACUCGGAGACGAAAUUCGUAGGGGUCGAAUCCCGUGCCAGCCUUUUACUCCGGGCCGCAUUGCAGGGGCAUAAACAAGGGGUGGUCCGUCUUCGAUUGUUGUGUAAUCAAGAAAAAGCAGCGUUGGGGUUUUUGAAAACGAAACGAACACAAAUCGAGCGCAAGCUCGCGACGGAGACUGAGGAGAGUGCUAUCGCAGAGUUGCUGAGUAACCUCGCCUUUCUGACGCUUUUUCUAGAACCAAGCAAGGAAAACUACGAUGACAUCAUUGAGCUAUUCACACGUGCCGCUGACCAGGGGAACGACGACGCGUCGUAUUCGGUUGGAAAACUUUAUAUGAAUGGCGUAGGCAAGAUGUUAGUGCCAAAUGAACAGCUUGCCAUCAAGUACCUGACCGUAGCCGCUGACCACGGCCAUCUGAUGGCUCAGAUUGAACUUGGAAAACGAUUCCUAAUGAAAUCUUCGGGCCUGGUUGGAAAUGAGAAAUUUGAAGCGAAAGCGUAUCGCUACUUUAAAGAAGCCGCUGACCAGGGUAGCGCUGAAGGCUGGCUCAAUAUCGCUCACCAGUACUUGUACGGAGAAGUUAUAGAAACCGAUCUCAAUAAGGCUAUCGAGUGUCUGGAGCGUGCCGCUGUCACCGUAGAUUACACUGAUAACGGGCGCAGCAAUAGUCGCGCGUUGUGCAUCUUGGGGAGAAUUUACCGAUACGGUAUGGGUGACGUUUCAACGGAUCUUGGCAAAGCGAUUGGAUAUUUCACCGAAUCGGCCAACCGAAAGUUCCCGAAUGCUUGUUUAGAGCUUGGCAAGCUUUAUGUCCGCGGCAAGGGCGUGGUCAAAGACGUGCCACGUGCUAGGGCACUCCUUGAGAGCGUCCACGUGUUCUCUGAAAGCCAGUACCAAUUAGGGAAAUUAUACGAAGAACUGGGAGACCCGAAGACCGCUGAUCAGUAUUACAGACAGGCGAUGAAAGGAUACUCGCGUGAUGUGGCGAAACAUCACGAUUACACGAUCGGACUUUAUCGUAUCGCGAAGAUGCACGAGAACGGCCGGGGAAUUCCGAAGGAUUUGGUCAAAGCGAAAGCGUUCUAUUAUCGUGCUUCCACUUCGGCGGAAAAGACUUACAUAUUAUGGUGGAAGAGUUAUGGAGAGAAGGCACUCAACAGGCUGACCAGUUUCACGCAGGCUAAAAGUAAGGACGUGGCCGCGAUUGCCUGAGUUGUCUAAGGCAAAACUAGGGUAAUGUCUAAAAGGAAUGGACGAGAGGUAGUUUACGAGAUGGUUCCAAAAUUGAAAUAAGAGUUUGCGUUAGUAUUAGGGUUAGUGUGGGGGUUAGGAUUAGAUGUGGGGUGAAGGUAAGGUUUAGUAUUGUUGCAAGUGGCUGGUUGUUGAUUCUUUUACGUUUUAAUGAUCUUAAAAACUGGCGGCCAUCUUGAAAAUCUGCCUCUAGUCCAUCCCCUUUAGCCACGAUCGCAAAACUAGACAACGUUUUUGUGGAAACAAGACAAUGUUUCCUAGCCACCCUCGACAUUUAUUGUAAAGUAUAUUUAUUAGUCAUAACUUGGGUAGAAAUGUUAUCCCGUAUUUCUAGUACGAUGUCCAGACUACGAGCAUCCUUCUUGUUCUUUUUACAUUGAAGAGAACCGUUAAUUAUAUCACCUGGAAUAGAAAAAAUGAAGAUAUUAGCAUAUUAUACUUUAACUUGUAAUGCUGUUUCCUGCGUAUCUGUUAAAAUAGAAGAAAAUCUCAAACGUCUGCAGUAUAUCCCACCGUCGUCAUGCCCAUUUUCACUGCCGCCUGAUGAUUCUAGGGUGGUAUUUUGACGGGG